AUGCAUUGCUGUUAUACGGCACUGACCAACGCGGCAGAAGGAGCGGGGACUUGCACCUCUUGUUGUGUCCUGCACUCCUUGACGCACCUCUCCUCUCUUCAUGCCCACGCAGACCAGCAGGAAGGAACGUGGCAGGCUGCGGAGGGCUGCAAUCCGUCCCUCCUGCGGUUCAACAACAUGAUCCAAGAGAGCGCGGUACACUGGCAGCAAUUGAUGACAAAUUUCUUAUGUAACUCGGGAAAUCUGAGUGCACCCAUUGACGACCCAACGGAGAACGCGUUAGAUAGUAGCGCUGAUGCCGCCCACGCCUCUGUGAGGCAGUGCCUACCAUCCUCUGUAAUAGCGAGCGGACCCUCAGGGCAUCACCGCAAGCCGCUCGUCUACACCGGGGGAGAGAACUUGAGGCGAGAGAAGGCCUGCAAGGAUGUCCACCACGGCUCCGCGGACAUACAUACAUACAUACGUACAUACACAUGC